GUUCUCUUUUGGGAAUAUUCAUUCAAGACGGAUGGUAAAAUCGGUAAUGAUCCUAAUGUGUUUAUUCUCAUUCUUACUAAAACCUUCAAGGUAAAAUUGUGGGAUAAAUUUGCACAAUCUAGCAAAGCAGACAAAGCAGCGAUUGAGACAUAA